AACAGAUCAGAAAUCGUGAGUUUAACUCGUUCCAUUCCUUAAACACUCCCUUAGUUCUCUAACUAUAGUCCUUCCUUAUACCGAUUGUUCGCAGACCAAUCCAGAGAUCAAACUCGUAUUUCGUAUCUAUUCUAUCUUCAGUUUCAGAUCAAUAACUAUCUUUAACAGUAUUAUUACCAGUAUCACUACCAGUACUAUUACUUCUCCAAACUCCAAACAUCUUAUUGUAAUUAGCAUCUAAAAUGAAGGUUUCUGUUCUUUCCACUUUGACCCUUGCUGCCUCUGUGUUGGCUGCUCCAAUGCAACACAAGCACCACCAACACGACAAGAGAGCCGUCGUCACCAAGAUCGUCUACGUCGACGGUAACGGUAACUUGGUCAACGGUCCAGCUGCCACCUCUGCUGCAGCUGCCGUUGCUUCUGUCGCCACUCCCUCCGCCGUUGCUUCUCCAGCCGCUUCUGCUGCCUCUUCCUCUUCUCAAGGUGGUUCCAGCCAGGGCGGUAUCAACGGUGACUUGAACCCUUUCACCAACCCAAGCGUUGCCUUUGAAGACGGUAAGUACUCCUGUGACUCCGUUCCUGUCGGCCAGGGUGUUAUCGCUGUCGACUGGAUUUCUGGCUUGAACGGUGGAUGGACCACCAUCAUGAACGGCAACGGUCAGACCUCUGCCAACUGUCAAGACGGCUACUACUGUUCGUACGCUUGUCAGGCUGGUAUGUCCAAGACCCAAUGGCCAUCCGAACAACCAGCCAACGGUGUUUCUGUUGGUGGUUUGCUCUGUAAGAACGGUUUGUUGUACAGAUCCAACACCGACAACGACUACUUGUGUGAAUGGGGUGCUCAAACCGCUGAGUUUGUUUCCAACAUUGGCCAAGACGUUGCCAUCUGUAGAACUGACUACCCUGGUUCCGAAAACAUGAACAUCCCAACCUUGUUGACUGCCGGCGGCAAUGCUCCUGUUUCCGUUGUUGACUCUGACUCCUACUACACCUGGAGAGGAGGAAAGACCUCUACUCAAUACUACGUUAACAACGCUGGUGUUUCUGUAGAAGACGGUUGUAUCUGGGGUACUGACGGUUCCGGUGUCGGUAACUGGGCUCCUGUUGUUCUUGGUGCCGGUACUACUGGUGGUAGAACUUAUUUGUCCUUGAUUCCAAACCCUAACAACUUGGUCAAGCCAAACUACAACAUCAAGAUCGUCGCUGCUAACGGUGCCAACGUCAAUGGUGACUGUAAGUACGAAAACGGCCAGUACAACGGUGCUGGUAGCGAUGGUUGUACCGUCACUGUUGUGUCUGGUACUGCCAACUUUGUUUUCUACUAAGCCUAGUGAUACCUUUUCUUCUCGAUCUGUUUUAUUAUUGUCACUUUUAGUUUAUGUAGUUAUUGUUAUUGUUGGCGAUGUGAAUAUGUCUGUAUCACCGGGUUCUUUUUGAUGUUGGUCGAUUCUCGACUGGCCUUUUGUUCGUUUGAAGCUUUCCAUUUUUCGAGUAUAGCAAUAAAACGCAUCGGAAGAAUU